AAGAGAUAUCAAGAUAUUUAAAAUGAAUGAAGACAUUAGAGAGUUGGAGCAAUCUCUGCGAAACCUGGAGAAAAGAAUAGAUUCAACUUUUAUAGAAAACAAUCUGCUUGAACAGAAUCCCAAGUUAUUAGAGAAGUUGAAAUCCUUGGAGACAAAAACCACCAAACUCCAGAAUAGUUUAAAUGAUCGAGAUACAGAGUUGGACAGAUUAAACAGAGAAAUCUCAUACAGUAAUGCAUCUUCAGCUAGGAGUAUUGAAAACCUCAAGGAGAUGUUACUUGAGUUGGUGAACAGCAUGGAACAGUUCUCCACCAAGUCCAACACCUUAACAGAGAAGACAGAGAGAUUAGAAACUGAGUUGAACAAGAUGAAAAGUUUAGGUAACUAG